AAUAAAAAUUAUUUAACAUUUUGUUUGGAGGAUAAGCAGAGGUGUUUUAUCAAUAAAUGGACUACAAGGUGUUAGACAAUGUGGAUGGUCCAAUUUGUAAGUCGCUCUGAAUAAGAGCGUCUGCUAAAUGACUUAAAUGUAAUGUAAAUGAUGGUCACAGAAAGAAAAAAAUAGAUGCAUUGCAGUAGUAGCUCAUUGCUCCUUGGCCCUUUGUAAGAAGGCAAGCCACAGCCCAGAUGCAGUUGAUGCUUCCCAUCAGUGACAUGAGGAUCUCCUUGACAUGGUAAUAUUCCACUGGAAUAGCAAAGGUACUGCUCCCUUCUUCAGACGUCGAAGCCCACUAGAAGGUUCAAUGAAAUCUUAAUUUCCUAACUUUCAAUAAAGAUGCCGCACCAACUAAUAAGGUUAACGUCGUUAGCACUAACUUUUGCUAGGUAGCUAGCUAAAGAGACAAAGACAGAACACAAUCGAAUUACAAAAAUCACUAACUGAACAGAUAAACAGACUUUUCAACAAGAAUGAUAAACGCUAUAUAAAUAUGAUUAUAUUAAUAUACUGAGGUAAUGAUAAAAACGAGGCUAGUACUGUACGGCUACAAUCAGGCUGACAGGAAGCUAUGUAUCGGGUAGGAAGUUGAGCGGAAGUGGGCGUUGCUACGUUGAUCAAAAGGUCUAUUGGUUGAAACUUCAAUGUCUGCGUAUGAAUGUUUUGCUCAUCUUUCCUUCAGAAGGAAAACACUCAGAUUGACAGAGACAGGAAAUAUGACACACCAUUGCCGCACUAAAUAAUAAUAACUUUUCUGAUGCGUGAAUUAAUUAUGAAUGGAUGGAUAUUGAAAGGGAAAUAGAUAUACGAGCGAGCAGAAGGAUAAUGGUGAUUUGUCAUUCCGUUAUUGCGUCUCUGAAUAGCCAACCAAUGGACUCUGAGGUCUCACCCGGUUGUUGUCGCGGGAACUUUAUGGAGCUAUGAACACAAAACACUUGUUAGCUGCUACUGUAGCUAACGUUUGCAAAUAUAACAGUUUGUAAACCACCAGCCAUGCAUGUGUAGCUAGUUAUACAUGCAUCACACUGAUUGAAUAUUUCGGCGGAGUGCAAAUAAGAUAGCUAGCUAGAAGACACUGUUGCCAGCUAUAGCUAGGUGGCUAAUGCUUACUUAACUAAAGCCAGCUAGCUAGCUAGGUGGCUAACGCUAACUAAAGCCAGUUAGCUAAUCAGCUUAGCUACAACCAAAUCUUUUUUAUAACUGCUACAACUGUCAAGGCUAGCUACCUAGCGAAAUACACUAGCUAAAUAAGCAAGCUCGACAAUCUUGUGAAAAACUACAUCCACGUUGGUUGCCUAGGUAACUAGCUAGAUAGGAAGUUAAAGGGGCGUUUGAGUUGUUGGGUCGCAAACGUCUCACUAUUGUUAUCCUCCCAUUUUUUUCGGCAAGAUACAGGUAGCUACCCUAGCUACUUACAGGUAGCUACCCUAGCUACUUACAGGUAGCUAGCUAGUUACCUAUCAUCUUUGACUGGAAUCAUGGCACAUCAAUUGACGAAAGAUGAGCUUGAUGAACAGUUCGAGCAGUUUUUGAAAGAGUCUGUCUCAGAUGACUCAGUGGAUUUGGGUGGCAGUGCUAUGCGCUCCAGUGUUCUGGACAGCCUGGGCAGAGCCUCUCAGAAACCACCACCAAAGAAGACAUCAGCUGCCCCUGUGCCGUGGUGGCAGGAGGAGGACAGCGAAGAGACACCUGGCAGAGCUGUCACAGUGGAAGCCUCCACAAGGCCCACCCCCAAACCUCGCAGCAAAGCUCUGGAUAGGCUCAGUCAGCUGGACAAGGUCCAUGGAGCCAAUCAGGAUGCUUCUUCUCACAUUGCUGCGGGGCCGGAAAAUAACAGCCCAGAACACGACUCCUCCCACUCUGCCAGGCAGGGGAGCCCUCCCAUGAACGAGAGCUCCCGUAAUGCAUCAGGAGAGAGGAGUCCUGAGGAGAGUACCUCUCUCCGUGACACACCAGUGGACAGUCACAGCAGUGAUAGUGACUCACAGGCUCUUGAAGAUGGAUUGCUGAGAUCUGAGAAGAUGUUCUGUAAGUCUCUGAGAAGAUCCCAGCCCAUCCAGGAGGAGGAAGAGGAGCUGCAGCAUCAGGGAGUAGAGAGGGGUUCAGAGGAGGAGGAGGGGGCAGAGCCUGUCAUCUUCAGCAGAGACAGUCUGGAGCCUGAGGACUCUGUGAUGGCGUCCGGACCAGGUCAGAACGCUGCAGUGAGUCUUGGUCUGGGCAUGGACAGCCUGGAGGAGGAAGAGGAGAAGGCCCGCUUCUUUGCCCACCUGGAGGGAGGUGUGUCCUCCACAGUAGACUACUCCAGACUCAACAAAGAUCUGGAUUCCACCAGCGCCUCCACCACCGCUACCACCCUCAGGAAGGCAGAGGCAGCUGUGGCGGGGGUCGAUCAGAGAGAGGAGGAGAGAGCUAUGGAGUCUGACCGACUCUCCCCAGCCUCCCCCCACUACAGCGAGGAUGAGGACUUUGAAGAUGAGGUCAUUGAGGAGGAGCCUAAAAGGCCUACCAUGCUCACCAAAGUAUCCCUCCAUGAUUCUCUGGACUCGACCGGUGAACUCCUGCCCCCUGGAGCGGACAGUGACACCAACGAGGAACCAGGGAGGAACCAGGGAGCAGAGGAGACCAUAGAGACGGCACUACCAGCCCAGUCGUAUGGCCAGAGUGGGGCCAGUGAGAUGGAGGCUCUACAGGAGGCCUACAGACAGAUCAGUGGCUCUCUGGAGGACUCAGACCAUCAUCACCACCCUUCAUCACCAGUCAGGAGGGAGAGGAGGAGGAAGAGCAGUCCUGUUCCUGUCUCUCCCUCUGUCGCUGAGCUCUCCAGAGGAACACUACUAGCACCAGUCUCCACCACAGAGUCAGAGCUGCCCACUGCAGAGGAGCUGAUGCGUCCCAUCCGACCAGACAGCAUAGACGACACAAGAGGCUUCACUCUGCAACCUGCUAGUGGGACCCAGUUCAGCCCAGAGAAGACUGGCCAGUCCUUAUGCCAUAGAUCCCGUGAGUCAAGCCCAAGACGCUCAGCAGAGCCAGACACUCCUCCGGCCUCCCCAGGCCCCCGUCCCAGAAGCAUCAGAGAGGAGGUACAGAGGCUGAUGAAGCAGGAUCAGGACAGCUCCUCCCCUGACCUGACCACUAAACCCAGCAACAAGAAAAGCCAGCAGGUUCCUGGACGCUCUACGGUAGCUGGUCCCUUCACAUCCUCGUUGAGGAAGCCUUAUGUUGCCCCUGGCAGAGGUAGAGUGGAGAGUAAACCAUCAGCCGUGGCCACCAGGACCUCUGGAGCUAGGAAAUCUGGUCCUACCAGACCUGGGGCUGCAGCCAAGCCCCCCUCUCCUCUAACCCAGAGGAAGCCUCUCAGCCAGCCAUCAUACCAGAGCCUCAGCCCUCUCCUCUCAGAGAAAGAUAAAGACUGUGGUGGUCUGAGGGUGAGCAGUGAGCUGGUGGCAGGGGUUCAGUCCUUCGCUGCCUUCCUCCAGCAGCAACAUCGGAUUGGAGAGCGCCAGGAUACCAGUCACACGGUCUCCUGGGAAACCAAAGGUCAACAGGAAGCCAGCCAGACUCAGGAGACUGAGUGUCCAUCAGAGAAGAAAAGUGAGCCCAGGGAGGAGGGCCGGUCUGGGGAGGUGGAGGAGAGCCCCCUAGUGUCCAGGCUGAGACUGGAGCUAGCCCAGAGGGAGAGRGAGCUCCACACCAGAGAGGAAGAGCUACUGCUGCAGCAUGACACAGAGCUCAGCUCACUGAGACAGGAGAACUACCUCCUGCAGAGCAAGCUGCACAGUACGGAGGAGGCCAACAGCAGGAAGAAGGGCCGGUUGGGUCUCGGUCUGGACGGGCCCUUGGACCCCCUCACUGAGGACAAACUCAGACUGMUAGAGAAAGAGGUGAAGGAACAGGAGACCAUCAUCCAGGGAUACCAGCAGGAGAAUGAGAAGUUGUACCUGCAGAUGAAGGCUCUUCAGGCUCAGAGUAAACUCAAUGAAGAGGCCAUGUUCAUAGAGAACCAGAGACUGCUAAACAAACUGGCCCUUACCAAGGAGCAGAUGAGCAACUCGCCGAGGACUGUGGGUAAUGUAGGCUGUGUGGCCCAUAUUCAGCGCAUCACACAGCUGCUGGGCCAGAUGCAGGCAGCACAGAGGACUGAAGAGAGACUGGUGGAGGAGACCCACAAGCUGAAGCAGGAGAAACAGGCCCUGGAGGUGGACCUUCAAAUGAUGAGGAAAGAGAGAGACCUGGCCAAAGCGCAGGUCGUCUACACCUCAGGGGAUAAGAGCUUUGAGCUGCAGGUGGCAGAGGACAGGCAUAAGGAGGAGGUGUGUGUUCUGAAGAAGAGGCUCCAGUGGUAUGCUGAGAACCAGGAGCUGCUGGACAGAGACUCUGCCAGACUGAGGACUGCCACCGCAGACACACACAAACUCACAGAGCAGGUGGAAAAGCUGAAGAUGGAGGUGGGGAAGAGAGCCAAUCAGAGUAAGACUAAAGAGAGAGCUGGAGACGCUAAGAGGAUACAGGACCUAGAACGACAGGUGAAGGAGAUGGAGAAGAUUCUCAGACAGAGGAACCCUAACUCCCUCCCAGCGCUCAUCUACGCUGCAGCCAACGCACCUACGCUGGAUGAGGAUGGAGGGGCCAAGAGCUCCCCGCCCAAUCAGACCAGGGCCCUAUUGGAGCGGCGCAUCCAGAGGCUGGAGGCGGAACUAGAGAGCCGUGACGACGAGGCCAAACGCAGCCUCCGAGCCAUGGAGCAGCAGUACCAGCGGAUUAAGCUCCAGUAUGAGCAGCAGAUCAGUGAUCUGGAGCAGCGGUUAACCCAGAAACACCAGGUCCAGACCGGGUCUCCUGGGGUCUGGCAGGCCCAGGUCCGCUCCCUGCAGCAGGAACUGGAGCUCCUGAAGGAGAACCAUCAGAGUAGAGAGAGAACCCUACAGGCUGAGGUCCACUCCCUACAGGAGCAGCUCACACAACAGGCACAGUCUACCACCGAGCCAGAGAGAGCCCCCCAACGCAGCCCGUCCCGACACCAGCGCCAAGCAGAGACGGCCCUGGGGGUCCGGAURGAGAGACUCAACCAGGAGCUGUCAGCCAAGACCCGCAGCGUCCAGGAGCUGAGCCGCACCGUGGAGAGACUCCAGAGGGAGAGGAAGACCAUGCUGUGUGGUCCUGGCCCCAGAUCGGAUGGCCGUGUUGGGCCUGGGGAGGCCAGACGGCAGGCGGCCGGAUCCAAAGGACCCAUGGUGGUGGUGGCUACCCCAGGGGAGAGGGGAGGCACGGUAGGAGAGACCGCAACCUUCCCUCCCACUCAAGAUGAGAAGGAUUACCAGCCCACAGCGUUCUCUGGGAGCCACAUCUCAGAGGUGCUGCAGGAGAGCGAGGGGUUAAGGCUGCGUCUGGAGCAGCUGGAGCUGCAGAGUGACAAGGAGAGGGUGGUACUGCAGGCUGCAGCCGCACAGGCCCAGGCCGAGCUGCGCAGGGUACAGCAGCAUUCAGCAGAGCAGGUGUCCUCUCUCAGGGCUGACCAUCAGAGGGAGCUGGAGCGCCUGCUUACCGGCCACGCCCUCGCCCACUCCUCCUCUAAAGUGGCCGAACUGACCAAUCAGGUGACCGCGCAGGAGAUCAUGGUGCAGCAUUUGCGUGACCAGGUGAAGGAACUGCAGGGGACCAAGGAUGCUCUGGCUGUGUCCAAGCUGAGGGAGGACACCCUACAGAACCAGCUGACAAGGCUGUUGGAGGAGCUGAAGCAGGCCAAGGARUGCCACAGCCCAGAGCUCCGACACUUCACUAGCCUGGAGAGAAAGAUCCACAGCAUGGAGCUACGACACACUCAGAGGGAGAAAGAGCUCCAGCAGGUGAUAGGUCAGACUCGGCUGGUGGUGGAGGCUGAGCAGCAGUCUGAUGUGGAGCGUUGGAGGAGGCUGGCUCAGGGGAAGACCCGGGAGCUGGAGGUCUUCCGUCUGGAACUGGACUCUAUCCUGGACAUCUUGAGAGAACUUCAGAGACAGGGAGUGGUCAUCCCUGCUCCGGACCGGGCUUCUGCUGUACCCUUCAGCUGGAGGACCUGAACCAUAGGACAUAGGCUCUUUCUAAUUACUUACAAAUCUGUCCUCACCUUGUCUGAUCUGAAAGAAUUGACCAGGCGAAAGCCAGCCUAAUGAUGAGCUUCCACUAUUUAAGUAUUUUUUUGUUCAGUGUAGAUAAAGGGGAGGAGAGGGCGGAUUUGUAAGGAAUUGAGAGCCAACUCUCACACCCUUUAGGAGAASMCAUCAUUGUGCUGAACAAUCAGGUUAUUUCUUUUUGUAGAUUUGUAUUUUUAUACUUGAUCAUUUGGAAUUUAUUUUAAGUUAUUCAAUGCGUGUUAGAAAAAUAAAGGACCUUUUGUAUAAUUUUU